AUGGCCCCUUCCGCCGAUCCUAUCCCCGCGGUUCCUCCCCACAAUGAACUGCCACCUCCGUCACAUCCCGACAGACUACACGUCAAUCGCAGCCCCAAAGCCUUCGGAAGCGGCGCAUACUCACUAAUUGACCUCCCCGCUGGCGCUCUAUUCGCUAAGAUCAACACGGCCACUCCAGGCAAAAAAGCCUACACAACUGUGCAAACGGGUGCAGAUACCCACAUUGAACUGAAUUCGGAUCUUGUCUAUUGCAAUCACUCAUGCUCACCCUCGGUGGUAUUCGAUAUGGCUCGCAUGGAAGUUCGCGUGGUGGAUGAACGACCAUUGAAGAAAGGAGAUGCUUUAACAUUCUUCUAUCCCAGUACGGAAUGGGAUAUGGACCAGCCGUUUCAAUGUACAUGUGGAGCGGAGGAGUGCCGAGGGUGGAUCACUGGAGCCAAAGUGAUGCCAUUGGAAAUUCUGGAUGAACAUUGGUUGAGUCCUCAUAUUGCUAGUUUGCUGCAAGAGCGGAAGUGA